CAACAGCAGCCAACUUUUCAACAAACGCGAAUCGGCUUUUUUAUACUUUCUCACACGGACUCAUAUUUGUUUCUUUUUUCAACAAUUUGAGAAAAAGAAAUCUAUAAAACGCUGUUAAUUGAUUGGUACAAAAAGUUAUACACGCCAGCAACAGCCAUGGAUCUUAGUUUGGAUGAAAUAAUUAAAACCAAAAAAAUCGCUGUACCAUCAGCUGUGAAGAAAUUCAAUAAUACGGAAAAUCCUCGAAAAGGAUUGGCCUUACGAAAAACGUUGAAUAAGCCUGUAUUCAAGCAGAGUAUGGUGACUGAUGCACGAAAUAAAAUUAUACAGAAGAAUCGUGAAAAAAUACGGGAUGCGCGUGAUAAAUUGUCAGAAUUAACACGAGCUAGUGGUGAUGUUCGUCAACGAUUAUUGGCAAAAAAGUUAUCUGCUGGCGGACUAAAAACACGGGGCGCAACAAAAAAGUUGUAUACAGCAGCGUAUCGAAAUGGGGUACUAAAAGCUAGACCAGGAUUGAAAAGUACUCAACCCUUUAUAAGGCAGCCUGCUCAUGUAUCAGCGCGAUUGCCGGAUUUAAUAAAUGUGCCGCGUGGCUAUGUAGACUACGAUGAUAUGGAACGCAUGGAAGAAGAGGAAAUAGCUGCCGCCACAAGACUAAGCCGCACGGUCACAAAUGACUUUGCCACAUUUGGCCAACGUGACGUUUCGCCAACACCACCAAUAAGGCGCAUGAAUUCAUGGGUGGCAAAUACUGAAGGUUUUGAUCCUUUUGAUGUUUAUAAACCUCGUGAGCGUCGCAUGUCACCAGACCUACCACCACCCCCACCUAAGGGCAUAUUAAGGCCUAGCACCCGACAAUUAAGUCCAGAUAUUUAUAAACGCCGAUAUGUGCCGGAGCCAUCAUCACAUCUCUCAUAUGAGAUGCGUUCACGUUUGGAACGUGCUCCUGAUCCACAUGCAUCUAUGGGUAUCUUCUCAAACCCAAUUAAAUCGUCAUCAUCAUCCUCCGGUUAUCGCAUUGUAGUUAGUAAUUUGCAUAGCAGCGUAACUCAGUCAGAUAUCCAAGAAUUGUUCGAGGAUAUCGGUCCUUUAUAUGAUUCACGUUUGGUGCGUCCCGGCGUUGCAGAAGUAAUAUAUAAAUCUCUUACGGAUGCAGAAAAAGCGGUGGAUACAUACCACAACCGACAGUUAGAUGGUCAACCUAUGAAAUGUCUCCUGGUGAACCCCCGCGCCUCAAACAAGCCCACCGCUCCAGCAAUACCAACAAGUUCAAGUUCGCGCAAUUCUUCUGGAAAAACACCUUUAGAAAUUGACAUAGACGCUUUGCAUAAGGUGCUUUUCCGGCGCCAUUAACGCUAAGAAUUAAAAUAUUAACUUUUCAGCUAUAUUAAAAAUAUAGCAAGCAGAACCCGCAUGUCAAUAAAUACAUGUUAUUAAUGUAUCUUAAAUAAAUAUUGGUGUUCACAUAUGUAACACAUAAGGAAAUAUUUAAUACUGUAGAUUUACGUUUCAGCCGCAAGUAUUUCCGACGUAUGAAUAAAUUAUUGACGUACAACUCAAAAAA